AAACCCACCUGCAAAACUCUCUCUCUCUCCUUUGUCUCCUCUUCUCUGUGUGAGCUCUUCUCCUAAUUUCUUCCUCUUUUGCAACCUAAUUUUCUUUUACUAUUCAAGGUGUUUAAGUGUGCUUAUUUCUUCAAGAUUCACAAAGAGAAUCAAGUUUAUCAUGAUCAGAGUAAUUUCCUUCAUCUCCCUUUUGAGAAACCUUAGUUUCUUGCCUCUUCUAGUUUAGGGUUUCACAUCUUUUGAGCUAGCAAGAUGGCUUCUGUUUAGCCUCUCUUCUCUUUCAACUUCAAGAAUGAGGUUUCUCUUCCAAGGUUUAGUUUCUUUACACUAUUGCUAAAUUUCCUUCUUCUUCUUCUUCUUCUCUUUCUAGGUCGACCUUGAAAGCUGAAAAUGCAUGAGUCAUGGAGUGUAUUCAAAGCCUAGGUGCACUGUUGAUGAUCACACCCCUCUAGCUUUUGUUUUUGCUUUGUCCUUUUGAUCAUCAAAAGGGGUUGCCUCUUGAAUCCUUAACUGUCCAAGAACUGUUUCGCAACCCCCCUUGUCUUUUUUAUAUGCAAUUUCUUGAGGUGGGUCAUCUUGGUCAGUUCUUCUUCCUUUUUUUUUUUCAAUUGUUCUUUUGGUGUAUUUUAUUAUAAUUACUGUUAAUGUUCUAGAAAUUUAAAGUUGUGUGGACAAUUGUCAAGCUUUUGAUUUAAUCAUCAUUUAAACAAAAACAAUCUUCCAAUCCCAAACCCCCUCCCUCCCUUGUCUUUGUUCUUUCUUUCUCUCUCUCUUUUUUUCUCUUUUGGUCUCCAAAUUAACCAACAAACAGGAAAGCAAGAGGGAUAUCUCGAAAUGGAACUUUCAAGUCAUGAAGAAGGAGAGAUCCCAAUUCCCUUAAAUUCUACCUAUGGUCAUGGCCAUCCCCACAUGAUCCAUCAUGACCAUCAUCAUCACCAUCAUAAUCACAUCAUCCCAUCUUCAACACCACCGCCUCCACCUCCACCACCUCAAAUCCCUUCAAGUAACAACAAUGGUCCAAUUUCCUCCCCCCUACAGGACCACCACCUACCCACCACCGCUACCUUCAAAAAGAUAAUCCGCUACAGAGAAUGCCUCAAGAACCACGCAGCUGCCAUGGGAGGCACCGCCACAGACGGCUGCGGCGAGUUCAUGCCCAGUGGAGAAGAAGGCACCAUCGAAGCCCUCAACUGCUCCGCCUGCAACUGCCACAGAAACUUCCACAGAAAAGAAAUCGACGGUGAGCAUUCAAACCACCCCUCUCCUUGUGAUUGUUUCCACAAUCCCCACCAUCCCCAUCAUCACAAUCUCAAUAGAGUUGGAAGAAAAUUAAUUCUGGGCCAUCAUCAUCAAAAGAAUCUCUUGCCUCCGGAGGCGCUUGGAUACCCUACAGGAACUCUCAUAUCUUCCAGGCCUCAACAGAUGAUAAUGUCCUACAACAUGGGGUCACUGCCAUCAGAAUCGGACGAGCAGGAGGAGGGCGGAGGCGGGGUUAUGGCGAGGCCAAUGCAGAUGGUGAAGAAAAGACACAGAACAAAGUUUUCUCAGGAUCAAAAGGAGAAAAUGCUCAACUUUGCCGAGAAAGUCGGGUGGAAAAUUCAGAAACAAGAAGAAAGUGUGGUGCAACAGUUCUGCCAAGAAAUUGGAGUGAAGAGAAGAGUCCUCAAAGUGUGGAUGCACAACAACAAGCACAACCUCGCCAAGAAGAACAACGUCAACAACAACAACAAUAAUAAUCACCAUCAUUCUCCUGCAGCUCCAACUUCAAGUGCUUAAUUGAUAAAGAUCAACUGAUCAAUCUAAUUAUUAAUUAGGGUUUAACCCUACUUUAUUAGUAGCUUAAAAAAUUUGCUUACACUUUUAAUUUUUGUUUUUGUUUUUGCGCGUUGUAUUUUCUGUUUUUGUGUCUUUAAGAAAUUUACAAUAAUAUUUGGUUGCUAAUUUAGGUAGAUCUUCGACAAUCCAUUGAAUCCUGUAGAAAUGGAUUGCUUGAUCAACUUUAUUUGUUGUUUCGAGUACCCAGAUGUAUUAUUAUUAUUAUUAUUAUUAUUAUGAAUUAAUGUCUCAAUUUUAUUGAA